AUGUCGAGUCUUGUGAAGUUGUACCACGGUUAUUCCAAUCUAUUGGUUAAGUAUCCCGUAAGGACGCAGGCCAUUUCUACAGCCAUAAUUAUGGGAAGUGGCGAUAUUAUUGCCCAGAAGCUUGUUGAAAAGCGUAAAUGGGAACCUUCCCGCACCAUCAAAUUUGGUGCGAUCGGGCUAUUUACCAUAGGUCCGCUGCUUAACUUUUGGUAUGCCUUCCUGGAUAGAAUUUAUAAAGGACAAUCUGUUGUGCGUACUGUGAAAAUGGUAGCGACAGACCAGAUUGUGAUGGCUCCCAUUCUUUGUAGUUCCAUCAUCGGAUUGGCCGCUUUUACUAGAAAUUGGUCAGUUGAGGAGGCCAAACAAAAGCUAUCUACAUCGUUUUGCUCUGCUUUGAAAAAGAACUACAUGGUUGUCGCACUGAUAGGCAUUGGCGAUGACGGUUUAGUCGCUAUCAUUCUGGUUUCGGAAGCCGUAAAUGUGCUUAAACAAAAAUACUAUGCGAUUCUCACUUUCCAUCUUUUAUUCUCAUCCAGGUCUGGCCUCCAACGCAGUUCAUUAACUUUACAUUCGUUCCAGUUCACUUCAGGUAAUCAUCACUUACUACUAACAUCAACGCUCUAG